AUGGACCCCACCCCCAAAAUCCUCAUCAUCGGCGCCGGCGUCUUCGGCCUCUCCACCGCCCUGCACCUCGCCCGCCGCGGCUACACUAGCGUCCACCUCUACGAUGUCCAAGACUACACCUCCACCGCCUACCAGUGCUCCCAAGGCUGCGUCGCCGCAAGCUGCGACGACAACAAAAUAAUCCGCGCCUCCUACGGCGAUUCGAAACUCUACCGCGACUUGGCGUUUGAGGCGAUUGCGGAGUGGGAGAAGUGGAACGCGGAGAGUGGGAGGCGGUUGUGGGAGAGAUGUGGGUUUCUAAGGGUUGGGGAGGUGUUGAGUGAUGGGGAGGUGAGGACGCAGGAGAAUCUUCCGGGGGUGCUGAGGGGGUUGCAGUACAGGGUUUCUGAGGCUGGGGAGAGGAGGAGGGCGGCGGAGGAUGGGGUUCCUAAGGGGAAGAUUGAUGCGCUGGGGAGGCCUGAGAGGGGGUUGGUGAUGGAGGGUGAGGCGUGUUGUUUUGCACUGAGUCUUUGUCGGGAAGCUGGAGUCAAGACGCAUUAUGGUCCUGGCAAUGGCGUGGAGUCUUUGAUCAGAACUGGGAGAGAGGUCAUCGGUAUCAAGACUUCUGACGGCUUAUCGCAUUCAGCAGAUCUCGUCAUCGUUGCCUGUGGCGGGUGGACGCCAAGUUUCCUUCCAGAGACUGAAGACCUGAUAGAAACCACUGCAGGCAGCGUCGUUUCUUUCCGCUUACCGAGAGAUCAGGAAGACCUGUGGGAGAAAUACGCGUCAGAGAACUUCCCCGUCUGGUGCUGGAACAUGAGCUCGUACGAUCGCGAGAAACGUAACGUGGCUGGUAUCUUUGGCUUCCCGAGGACGCCUGAGGGAUCCCAUAGGAGCGAGAAGUCAGGCCGACUGAUCUCGGUUCCUGAGACUGAGAGUGAUAAGAUUCCCGAAGAAGCGAUGCAUGCUCUGAAAUCGUUCUGUGCAGAGAACAUGACCGAACUUCUGGACUUAGAACCAGAGCAGGUCCGUCUGUGCUGGUACUGCGACAGCGUCGACGAGUCAUUCCUCAUUGACCACGUGCCAGAGACGGAGGGCCUAAUGGUGUGCAGCGGUGGAAGUGGCCAUGGCUUCAAAUUCCUGCCUGUUUUGGGCAAGCAUGUUGUUGAAGUGGUAGAGAGGAAGGAUACCGAGUAUACGCGUCUGUUCCAAUGGCGAGAGGUGCCGGAGAAGAAGCGCUCGUUGGUUGAUGAUGGCCCGGUCGGAUGGCAAGUGCUGGAGAAGCAGCGAAUGGUCGAUAAAACUGAAUGGAGAGCAUAG